UGAUGCUCUCUGCACCGGUUGACGGGUUCAAGAGCAUCAAAUUCAAUGCACUAAGAGCAGAAGAAUACCAGUGGGCAUGCCCAUGUGACAUAAGCACAAGUUUUCCAAGUGGGAAGGUCUUCACGCUGCAGACCCAUCUCUCUUGGCUGUUGCUCAUUGCGAUUUCCUAAGCUCCUGAUUCCAUUUUCUCUGUUUCUCAUCUUCUCCAACGAAAAAAAAUGUUUGUGGGUGAGGUAUUUCUGUCUUCCCUCUUUGAGGUGGUGCUGGACAAGCUGGUGGCUACCCCGCUGUUGGAGUAUGCGCGCCUGCAGAAAGUUGAGUCGACACUGGAAGACUGGAGGAAGACUUUGUUGCAUCUCCAAGCAGUGAUGAAUGAUGCAGAGCAGAAGCAGGUCAAUGAUACAGCAGUGAGGAUGUGGCUGGAUGAUCUCAAAGCUUUGGCUUACGACAUUGAAGACGUUCUGGAUGAGUUUGAUACCGAAGCUAGUAGGCGAAGUUUGGUAGAAGGAUCAGCUCAAACCAGCGCCAGUAAGGUACGGAAGCUCAUCCCAACUUUUCGUUUUAGUGGUGUGAGAUUGAAUGACAAGAUUGGUAAAAAGAUGAAGAGAAUCACUCAGGAGUUAGAUGCUGUCGUAAAAAGAAAAUCUGAUCUUCAUCUAACAGAGGGAGUUGGGGGAGUUUCAACUGAGUUGACUACUUGUUUGGUAGAUGAGCUUGAGGUUUAUGGUAGGGAUGCUGAUAAGGAGAAGAUCAUGGAGUUGUUGCUAUCAGAUGAAGUACAUGAUGCUGGUCGUAAAGUUAGGGUCAUUCCGAUUGUUGGUAUGGGCGGGGUUGGUAAAACAACCCUAGCUCAAAUAAUCUAUAACGACAAGAGGGUGGAUGACAAUUUCGAUAUCAGAGUCUGGGUGUGCGUAUCUGAUCAAUUUGAUUUGGUUGGAAUAACAAGAGCAAUUUUAGAAUCGGUCUCUGGACAUUCAUCUGAUUCUAAAAACUUGCCAUUGCUACAAGAUAGGUUACAGAAAGAACUGAAUGGAAAAAGGUUUUUCCUAGUUUUGGAUGAUAUGUGGAACCAGGAACCUAUCCGCUGGAGUAGCUUAGAAAAGGCCCUCAGAGCUGGAGCACAAGGCAGUGUGGUAAUGGUAACAACUCGCCAUGAAGAUGUUGCAUCAAUUAUGCGCACGACUCCUUCUCAUCAUCUUAGUGAACUGUCCGAUGAACAUUGUUGGUCAGUCUUUGCAGAUCUUGCCUUUGAAAACAUAACUCCAGAUGCCCGCCAAAACUUGGAACCUAUUGGUAGGCAAAUAUUCAAGAAAUGCAAAGGAUUGCCUCUGGCAGCAAAGACACUCGGAGGUCUACUGCGCUCUAAACACGACGAGAAUGCUUGGAAGAAUAUGUUGAACAGCGAAAUAUGGGAUUUACCAGCGGAACAAAGUAGCAUUCUUCCAGUUCUACACUUGAGCUACCAUUAUCUCCCCUCAACACUGAAACAAUGUUUUGCAUAUUGCUCCAUUUUUCCUAAGGAUCAUGAAUUUCUAAAGGAGGGGUUAAUUUUGUUAUGGGUGGCACAAGGAUUGGUGGGUGGCUUGAAAGCGGGGGAGACAAUGGAAGAGGUGGGUGAAGCUUGUUUUCACAAUCUAUUAUCAAGGUCCUUCUUUCAACAAUCUGCUCGUAAUAAGUCAUUGUUUGUAAUGCAUGACUUGAUUCAUGAUUUAGCACAAUUUAUAUCUGAAAAAGAUUGUUUCAGAUUGGAAGUUGGAAAACAAAACCAUAUUUCAAAGAGGGCUCGACAUUUAUCAUACAUCCGUGAGGAAUUUGAUGUGUCCAAGAAAUUUGAUCCCCUUUAUGAAACUAAUAACUUGCGGACCUUCUUGCCACUAGACAUGCCUCUUGAUGUUUCGACCUGCUACUUGGCUGAAAAAGUCCUACAUAAUCUAUUGCCAACAUUACGAUGUUUGCGGGUUCUAUCAUUGUCUCAUUAUAAUAUCAGUCAUUUGCCCGAUUCAUUUGGAAAUUUAAAGCAUUUGCGCUAUUUGAACCUUUCUUAUACUGGCAUAAAAAAAUUACCUAAAUCAAUUGGUAAACUUUUGAAUUUGCAAUCACUGAUAUUGUCAAAUUGUGGUUCACUUAUUGAGUUGCCACCAGAAAUUGGAGAACUCGUCAACCUGCGUCAUUUUCUUAUUUCUAGAACUAGCAUAGAAGGGCUGCCAACUGGAAUCAAUAGACUAAAAGAUCUUCGAAGAUUGAGUACUUUUGUUGUUGUGAAGCAUGGUGGGGCAAGAAUUAGUGAGUUGCGAGAUCUUUCAUGGCUUGGUGGAGCACUCUCUAUUUUAAACUUGCAGAAUAUUGUGAAUGCUACCGAUGCUUUAGAGGCAAAUUUGAAGGACAAGAAAGAUAUUGAAAAGCUGGUGUUUUCCUGGGAUCCUAGCGCCAUUGUUGGGGAUUCAGACAAUCAAACAAGAGUGCUAGAAUGGCUUCAGCCUCAUAACAAGUUGAAAGGGCUCACCAUUGGAUACUACUGUGGUGAGAAAUUUCCAAACUGGUUAGGGGAUUCUUCAUUCAUGAACUUAGUUUCCUUAGAAAUUAAAAACUGUAAAAGUUGCUCGUCCUUGCCAUCCCUUGGGCAGUUGAAGUCUCUCAAGUGCCUCCGUAUUGUGAAGAUGGAUGGAGUGCGAAAAGUUGGUAUGGAGUUCUGCAGGAAUGGUUCUGGUUCUUCAUUUAAGCCAUUUGGUUCUCUUGUGACUCUAGUAUUUCAAGAGAUGUUGGAGUGGGAGGAAUGGGAUUGUUCUGGAGUUGAGUUCCCUUGUCUCAAGGAGCUUGAUAUCAUAGAAUGUCCAAAGCUGAAAGGGGAUAUACCUAAGCACCUUCCUCAUUUAAGAAAACUUGAGAUUACUAAAUGUGGGCAGCUUCCAUCAAUUGAUCAACUGUGGUUAAACAAAUUCGACUUUGUGAUGCCUUGUAAAGUACCAAUGGAAUUGCAACACCUCCAUUCUCUUGUAGAAUUAUGCCUUGUUGAUUGUCCAUACUUAAUUGAAUUGCCACCUGUUCUACACAAGCUGAUCUCUCUAAAACUCUUGGUUAUCAAGAAAUGUCCAAGUCUUUCAUCAGUUUUGGGGAUGGGGCUGCCAUCCAUGCUUGAAAUCCUUAAAAUAAAAAAAUGUGAGAGGCUGGAGUCCCUACCGGAGGGAAUGAUGCAAAACAAUAACCGUCUUCGAGGUUUGAUUAUGAAAGGUUGUAGUUCUCUGAGGUCCUUCCCAAGAGUCUCUUCAUUGGAAUAUCUUCAAAUCAGAAAUUGUGGGAAAGUAGAGUUAUCCCUGCCUCAGGAGAUCAUGAUGCACAACAGCUAUCCUUCCCUUACAUCACUUGAUAUAAAAAAUAGUUGUGAUUCUCUCACGCACUUUCCGUUGGGCUCCUUCACAAAGCUUGAGGAUAUUCUGUUCAGAAAGUACGCAAAUCUGGAGGCCUUUUACAUUCCAGAUGGACUUCACCAUGUGGAUCUCACAUCUCUCCAGAACAUUAGCAUCUGGGAUUGCCCUAAUCUGGUGUCUUUUCCACAAGGAGGAUUGCCAGCUCCUAACCUCAGAGUGCUUUGGAUUGGCAAUUGCAAGAAGCUUAAAUCACUGCCCCAACAAAUGCACACCCUUAUCACAUCCCUUCAAGAUUUGAGAAUAGUUUAUUGUCCAGAAAUUGAUUCGUUUCCACAAGGGGGUUUGCCAACUAGUUUAUCUCUACUUUGCAUCUUAGGUUGCUACAAACUCAUGCAGCGCUGGAUGGAAUGGGGCUUACAAACACUUCCCUCUCUUAGAAAAUUGGAAAUUGAAGAUAGCGAUGAAGGAAAGUUGGAGUCAUUUCCGGAGAAGUGGCUGCUGCCCUCCACUCUUUCCUUUGUUGGAAUUUAUGGUUUUCCAAAUCUGAAAUCCCUUGAUAAUAUGGGGCUUCACGACCUCAACUCUCUUGAAACCCUGGAGAUUCAAGGCUGUACAAUGCUCAAGUCCUUUCCAAAACAGGGGCUGCCCUCCUCCCUCUCAUGUCUUAAAAUUAUUAACUGCCCUCUGCUAAAGAAGCGGUGCCAAAGGGAUAAAGGGAAAGAAUGGCCCAAGAUUUUUCACAUCCCCAGCAUUGUGUUGGAAGAAGAUGAGUCAUCUAAGGAAGUAAUCUUGUCAUGAGGCCCUUGCAUCCAUGCUCUUGCUUUUCUUUGCAAUUGUUGAUUGGGAUUCAGUAUCCUUUGCUGAAAAAGUUGUGCCAAAGGAAUAAAGGGCAACGACCCAAGAUUUCUCACAUCCCGAGCAUUUUGUUUGAAGAAGAGUAGAUUUAUCUAGAUGAGUCAUCUUAUGACGAGGUCAUCUUAUCAUGAGGCCCUUGCAUCCAACCUCUUAGCUUUUCUCUGCACUCAUGGUUGCCUAAUUAUUCAUUCAGGUACUUUCUCCUUUCAUUUUUGCUGCAAUAAGUAUACAACAAUUUUGUGUUUCAUUCUCAUUUAUCAAUUCCAUGUCAUUGUAACAAGGCUAUAUUUUAGGAUUUUUUUUUUCCAAGUAUAUAAUAUUAGCAUUUUUCUACACUAUGUGGUCCUUCAUAGUUAUAUUUGUGUAACUACCAAACAUUUCAAUUAAGAAAUAAUGAAGCAGUAACACAAACAGUAGCAAGAAAGUGUUAUGUUCAUUUAAGGUUUCAUCUCCUAAAAAUUUGUUAGUUUUGUUCAAUGUGGCUCCAGCCCAUCCCUUGUCUGGUAUUGUAGUUGCGGACAACCACUGUUAUUUUGUAAUAUCCUCUGAUAUACCUCUGUGUAUACUAAUCCAUACUCAUGCACAAAGAUAACCAUUUUCCAAUUUGAUUCCCUAUAUAUGUAUAUAUAUAUAUAUAUAUAUAAUACACCUAUUUUUACUUGUGAAAUUUGGACAUACUCUCCUCUUAGAAAGAUAUUUAAUUUGGUACAUUAGUCCUCUUCCUUGACUUCAGUUCUACUUUGAGGAAAUUUUGUAUAUUAGAAUAUCAAUCUUGUUGAUGCAUCUCAUUAGUUGGGUACUUGGGAUGAUUAAGUUUUGUAGCUAGGCAUCAAGUUUCCUGAAUAUGGCUUUGAAUCAAAAUUUAGUAAUGCUAGGAUUUUGCCCCAUUUAUAGUUUAUAUGCUCAUUUUGAGGCCAACUUAGAUAAUGCAUGGAUAUUCCUAUAUAACUGUGGAGGUAAUGUAUCCCAAAAUUAUAAUUGUUUACUUCAUUUGCAUUUGCAUGUCUUUGUGGAAUCACAAAGGCAUGGAAUUUAGUGACUUAUAUUUUGUUUCUAUUUUUAUUUUUAUUUUUUGGAGUUGCCAAUGGGUUUUGAACAUGUAACUGCAGUUGUGGAUAUGCUUCUUUCUAGGUUAUUUUGGAGUUGAUGUGGAAUCACAAAGACAUGGAACUAUAUGGAUGCUACAGGCAUUGGAUAGACUUCUCACUUCUUCUCUAUCUUGCAUGGCACUCAGGCAUGCUCUUUUGCACAGGAAGAGCUUAGGCAUGGUGGAAGAACUCUCUCUUGUUAGUGGAAGUUGGAUGAACAUUUUUUUUUCUGUCAACUUGAGAACAUUCUGCAGACAGAUUUCUGCUACCUUCCUAAGUUCUGUUGUUGCUAUAAAACCGUGGGACCAAAACAUUCUUCCUGUCACUUGAAGAAGCCCAAACAGAGUUACCCUGAUAAGGACGUGGAUGAGUGGAAAUCUUGGUCCUCAAAAGUGUUGCAGAUCACAAACACUUAGAACUAAUCAAGUGUGAAGGAAAGCAGAAGAAGCUAUAUUCCUAUGUGUGAAGAGGUUAGCAUGGCAGGACACCAGUUCAUAUGUCAACUGAAGUGGCUAAUGUCAUUGCCAGUAUGGCAUGCUACCUCAUGUGUCUUCCCUCUGCAGUUGUUGGAAGUUGAUGCAGAUUUCUCAUCUUAUGAACAAGCUUUCUCUUCUGUUAACACCGCAACUAUUUGCAUGUCCGGUUCGUUAGUUUCUCUCCUGCUGAAACUCAUGCGAUCUGUGAGUCUCUCACAUCCUUUCCAUUUGGCUUUUUCACAAAUCUGAGGGAUCUUUCCAUCAUGAUUUGUUCAAAUCUAGAGUCCCUUUCCAUUCCAAGUGGACCUCACCACGUGGAUCUCACAUCCCUGAAGAACAGCUCCAUCUUUCAUUUCCCUAAUCUGGGUGUCUUUCCCACAAGGAGGACUGUCAACUCCCAACCUCGAAAGGCUUUGGAUCAUUAAAUGCCAGAAGCUUAAGUCACUGUCCCCACAGAUGUGCAGCCUCCUUAAAUCCCUUGAAGAUUUGUCAAAUGUUAUGUCCAGAAAUUGAUUCAUUUCCAGAAGGGGGUUUUGCCAACUAGCCUAUCUCAACUUCAAAUCUCAGGUUGCAGCAAACUUAUGGAGGGUCGGAUGAGGUGGGACUUGCAGACACUUCCUUUUCUUAGACAAAUAGAAAUAGGAGUAGAUAAAGAAGAAAAGCUGGAGUCCUUUCCAGAGAAGUGGCUGCUCCCUCCCACUCUUACCACUUUUACCAUCUGGGGAGGUGAAAAUCUGAAAUCCCUGGAUAAUAAAGGGCUUCAACACCUCACUUCUCUUGAAACUCUGGAGCUUAGGUUCUGCUAUAAGCUUAAGCACUUCCCAAAACAGGGACUGCCCUCCUCCUUCUCUUGUCUUAAAAUUAGUGAAUGUCCUCUGCUAAAGAAGCGGUGCCAAAGGGAACGGCCCAAGAUUUCUCACAUCUCACGUAUAGUGUUUGAAGAAUUUGAUGAGUAAGGUGGUUUCAGGCCAUUGGAUGUCAUCUUAUGAUAACCUUGCAUUGAAGCUCUUGCUUUUAUCUGCACUCACUGCUGGCCACUUAUUCAUUCAGGUGCAGUGAAACAGAGGGAACAAAUGGAAAAUUCUGUUUGGAAAAGUUUAUGUACUCAAUUCAUCCAUCACAAAUAUUACAAUUCUGACUCUUUGGUAUAUUCAGAUGUAAUGGAGGGUUCAACAAAAUGUGUUCAUAGCUGCAGGGGUCCUGUUUUCGGAUAAGUACUACCGGUGUCUUUUACCACUGAAAGAAAUCUGAUGUUGCACCAACAGUGAUGCUAGAUAUCAGUUGGGACUGUGUUUCUUGGCAAGAAAAUAUGUCUUUUAGUAUCAUAAUGAUUUGGUUUUGCUUGGUCAAUAUGCAUGCUGCAAUGGGGCUACAACAGAGGCAUGAACCAUGUGGAUGCUACAGGCAUUGGAUGGACUUCUCACUUCUCCUCCCUCUGUCCUGCAUGGCACUCAAGUAUGCUCUUUGGCAUGGUAGAAGAGCUCUCUUCUUGUUAGUGGGUUCAUUUACGGACUUGUAUAACUGUAAGAAAUAAACAUAUCCCAUAUCUUUCUGAAAUUACGGUGGAAGCUGGAUGAACAUUUUUUUUGGGUUAUUGUCACUGCAUCUGUGAUGUGUAAUGACAGAAGUGCCCCUCUUCUUUUUCAUUCUUACAUUGGGAGCAAGAGUGAUAUUUUGAUUGUUCAAGGGUUAUCAAGUAAUCAAACAAGUAAGCUCAAGCUUUGAGAGUGCAGAAGCCAACUGCGUCUCAUUUGGGCUUUUGCUGUUUGGGUUUUCUUCA